UUUUCUCAUCUGCCAUACAUACUACAACCCUCAGAAACCUAAUCUCUUUGUCUUUCUUCUCCAUCCACCAGUCCUUAGUGAAAGGAAGAAAAGAAAAGAAAAAGUUCAACUUUUAUUAUUUAGGGCGUGAAAAGAAGAAGCAAAAAUGGCAGACGGUAGCACAGCCACCUGCAUAGAUAUCCUCUUGGCCAUCAUCUUGCCUCCACUUGGAGUCUUCCUCAAGUUUGGUUGCCAUGUGGAGUUUUGGAUCUGUCUUGUAUUGACCCUCUUCGGGUACAUCCCUGGUAUCAUUUAUGCUAUCUAUGCCAUCACCAAAUAGACAUGUGGGAUUUGGAGUAGGAUUGUUGUUUGUUUGAAUGCGUGUCGGAUUUCUAUUGGCUUACUUCAAUUUAUAUUUUGUUGUCAAUUCGAUUUGAUGUAAAGUUUAAGUUAUGAUUUAAAAAAAUGUGGUGAAUGGGUAUGUUUUGUAGCUAUGAUGUAGCAGUCCAUGAAUUAUCCA